AUGCCUGGAAGCCAGGUGGGUCAAGGCCACCCGGAAAGACAUUCCAGGAAAAUGACACAAGAAGAUCCUUGUGAUGAAAGUGACAUUGGCUUAAAUGAAAGUACCUUCCAAGAGCGGGUUUUCAGGAACAAGAGACAAAAGGCUGACUCAGAAAAAAGCCUGUGUCAGAGCUCCGAGUUUUUUGAGAAUCAGGGUGUGCAAGCAGGAGGAAAGCCACAUAAAUGCUCGUAUUGUUGGGAAACUUUUCAUGAGAGAGCCCAUGUGGUUAUGCAUGAGAGAAGCCACACUGGAGAGAAACCGUAUGAAUGCACAGACUGUGGGAAAACCUUUAGUCUUAGCUGCGAGUUUGUAGACCAUAUCAGAAUACACACAGAGGAGAAAUCCUAUACCUGUGCGGCGUGUGGUCAAAGCUUCCACCUGAAAUCCAACCUUACCGCACAUAAGAGGACUCACACGGCUGAGAACCCCUAUGAAUGCUCUGAAUGUGGGCAAAGCUUUGGCAAGAGAUCGCAUCUUGUGACACACGAGAGGACCCACACUGGAGAAAAACCAUAUCAGUGCUCAGACUGUGGGAAAAGCUUUAGUCAGAAAGGAAACCUGGUUUCACACAUGAGGAUUCAUACGGGGGAGAAACCGUAUCAGUGUUCCCAGUGUGGCAAAUCUUUCUCUCAUUGCACUUCCCUGAUGAUGCAUGUGAGGACCCACACUGGGGAAAAGCCAUACAAGUGCUCGAUCUGUGAAAAAAGCUUUGUUAAUAAAGGAAACCUUGUCUCACACGUGAAAAUACACACUGGGGAAAAGCCCUACGAAUGCACCGACUGCGGGAAAAGCUUCAGCACCAGUUUUCAGUUUAUAGAACAUAAAAGGCUGCACACGGGGGAGAAGCCAUACACAUGUGCAGAGUGUGGGCAAAGUUUCAACUCGAAAUCCAAUCUCAUUACGCACAAGAGAACCCACACAGGGGAGAAACCCUACCAAUGCAGUGUCUGCGGAAAAGGCUUCCGGGUCAAAUCGUCCCUCACGAAACACGUGAGAAUCCACACAGGAGAGAAACCGUACGAAUGCCCCGAGUGUGGGAAAAGCUUCAACACCAGCUCUUUGCUUGUCAAUCACAAAAGGGUUCAUACAGGAGAGAAGCCCUAUACCUGUUCCUGCUGCGGGAAGAGCUUCCGACAGAAAGGCAACCUUAUUUCGCACAUGAGAAUUCACACAGGGGAGAAACCGUAUGAGUGCCCAGACUGUGACAAAAGAUUCAUUGACAAAAAGUCCCUUAUUAAACACAAGAGGACGCAUGUGGCCAAAGAAGCUUACGAGUGCCCCGAAAGUGGGCAAAACUUUGGGUAUAGCUGAAUAUUUCUGUAAAG